AUGGAAAAUGUUUUGCAACAUUGUUUACCUUUGGUGAGAUUUUUCGGUCUUUCAUCUGAAGAUUUCUUUCAAAAAGUUCGACCUUAUAAAAAACUUUUAAAGAACCAACUUUAUGAAGAGUUAUUAGAGUCAUAUUUAAAUCCUAAUAGUGAACCGAAUGAUAAUAUUUUACUUCCUAGAUAUAGAAAUAUUGAUGGAAUUGUUAAUUCGAAAAUUGUUAAUUUAAAUAUUGCAUCUUUAAUUUCAAGAUGGAUGGAUAAAAUAAAUAUUAAAAGUAAAUACAUUUAUACAAGAGAAUUGUAUUUACCUUAUGAAUUUAAAUUAUUACUAAGAGGAUGUAAAGAUGGAUUUACUCCUAAAAAAUUUCAUAAAUUAUGUGAUAAUAUACCUCAUACUAAUAAUUUUAAAGACCAAAUUUUAAGUCAUGUUGAAAAUAUGAGUAAUGCAUUAUUUUAUCAUACUAAAUAUGGUCCUUUAUUUGGUGGUGGUGAUAUUAAUAUAUUUGUGUUUGAGAAUUAUGAUUCAAAAGAUUUUGACCAGUGUUAUUGUAGACAACGAAAUUAUGAAAAAAAGAUAAGAGAUACAGUAGAUAAGUUUAUGAAGAAAUUUGUUAAAAAGAUUCUUAAAAUAUAUGGAAUAUUUCAAAAUCCAGAUAAAAAUGAUUACAUUUUGGUUUUUAACUGGACAAGUGGAAAUGAAAAAAUUGAUAAUUUCAUUCAAAAAAUUCAAUUAAAAGUUAGUGGCUAUAAUGAUGCAAUAUUAGAAUGGAUACCAUAUAAUCAUUUUAAGAAAUAG